AUGAAAUCGAAACUGAUCCCCAUCGCUUACACUGUAGCGGUGAUUAAGCCAAAUCUAGCGUUGAAGGAGGAGAAAAUGAAUGAGAUUAUGAAGACAAUACAAGAUAAUGAUUUUGAAGUUUUUGAUGAAAAAUGAAAAAUCCUUAAGGAUCAAGAGAUUCUGAACCUCUUUUAUAAAUAUAAAAAUCAGCCUUUCUUCGAAGAAAUUAAAGAGCAUCUUACUGCUGGAGAAUCGAGAGUGCUCCUCCUUAUCAAUAAGUUCGAGACUAAAAUGGAUGAAAAUGAAGAAGAGAUUAAGCUAGAGGACCCUAUCACAAGGUGGAAGAAACUUAUUGGUCCUUCUGAUCCUGAAAAUGCUAAGACUGAUGCCCCUGAAUCAUUAAGAGCUCUAUACGGGGAGGAUCUCAUUAGAAAUGGGUUUCAUGGCUCUGAUGAUCCUAGAUCAGCAAACAAAGAGAGGGAUAUUUUCAAGUUCUCUAUUCCAGAAAAAAUUCCUGAAUUUAAAUAUGAACGUUAUAAGGUGACAAUGGAGCAUCUCUUAAAGUUUUGAUAUCCUCCUAAUCUUGAGCAUUCAAAUGUAACAGGAAGGUUAGAUCUCUUUGCACUUUACGGACCCACUGUCAGCUACUGAUCAGUCGACAGCUCGUUCUGCAACAAAUGAGUGAAGUUGGCUAAAAGAGUCCUCAGAGACUCAAUUGCAGCAGAAGAAGCCAAAGAGCGAAGAGAAAAAGGAACCACUUCCAUACUCGAUGUUGACUCAUUUGCAGCUGAGUCUGGGAUGAACUCUAUCACUUCUGCAAAGAGAUCUACCACAAUGACCAAGAAUUUAGGGCCUGGUCCAAGAAGACUUCUCAGAGAUGAAGACCUAGACAUUCUCAAAGAAGAACCUAUUUGUAAGAAGUGCAGAUUCCACAUUGACAACUACGUCCAUCUGACUUGUGGAAGAGAAGGCCAACACAUCAUGUCAGACAUCGAGCUGAACGAACUCAUCAAAGAAAUCAACAAGACUGACCUAUACGAGCUGCUUAAAAUUGAGAAAGGCUCCUCAGCCAAAAUCAUGAUCGACAUUCUGGAUCUGAAAGAGCCAGAAGAAAUCAUGUACACCGAAGAUGAUAUCAGGAAUUUGCUUGAAGACCUCGAAACAGACUACUACGGAAGAUAUAACUUCGAAGACAUGCAGAAGAUGAUUCUUGAAGAUCGAAGACUCAGAAUCAACUACUGGGUGUCUCAGAUCACCAAAAAACCGAUCGAGAAAUUCAAAAAUCCGAACCUGAUCAACCAGAACCCGAAAGUAAACAGAGAUGAUAUCAAGAACCCAUACUUCACAUUGAAGAGGAUUCUACCGAUAUCGAUGCACACGAAGAAGACAAGGGCGAUGGAUGAGGAGGAAGAAGACUACAACACAUUGCAUUUCAACCAUACGGCCAAGCUUCUUCAAAAUGAGCAGGACUUAAUAAUGGAGAGAACUAUUGCCAAAGAGUUUCACAGAGUGACUCAAGUUGAGAACACUAAUUCAAAAGAUGUUGCAGUUAACUCUGUCCUUCUUAGAAAUUACAACGAUGGCAGACAUGGGAAGUGGGACAACUACUGCACUUUAAAGGGCCAAAGCAAAGGAUCAUAUGUCAAGUCUAAGAAUACGAAGAGAAAAGAGAUAAUUGAUUAA